CAUACCCUCCAUAAAAAUUUCACCUUCCCUACCUUCAUCUCUCUCUCUCUCACACACCUCCAAAUCCCCAAUCAACCGAUCAAAUUGAAUUUAGGAACCUGGGUUUUGAAUUCUGGAAUCUGCAGAUGCCUAGGAAAGGAAUGAGGACUCUGUUUUUCAAAUCUCCGUCUCCGUCGCCUUCAAACUCUCCCUCCAGAACCACCGCCAUGCUGCCUUCGUCGCCGCGCCACAGCUUCUCCGACUCGCUAAUGGAAGAGAACAUCGAAAUCGCUGAGGCCCUAAUCACCAAGUGGGACUCCGACUCUGGUUCCACUUCCUACACCGCUGUCACCUCCAUCUUCUACGACGACCGCCAAGAGGCGAGACUCUACCUCAAAUCCGUUGGGGACUUGCAGUCCGCCAUGCAGCACUUCCUCAUCUCCCAAACCACCAGCGCCGAGAAGCUCAUUCGAGCUCAGAAUCUCAUGCAAUCCGCCAUGAAACGUCUCGAGAAGGAGUUCUACCAGAUUCUGUCAGCCAAUAGGGAGUAUUUGGACGCCGAAACGGUCUCCAGCCGCUCCUCCAGAGCCUCGACCCGGACCAGCGUAUCAGAUCAAGAUUCCGAGUCGGAGGACGAGUCGCGAGUCGCAACCGAGUCGGUGGACCACAUCUCCUGGGUCGCGAUGUCUGAUUUGAAAUCCAUCGCCGAUUGCAUGAUCGCCUCCGGAUACGGCAAAGAGUGCGUGAGAAUUUACAACAUCAUCAGAAAAUCGAUCCUCGACGAAAGCCUUUACCUCCUCGGCGUCGAGAAGAUGACGCUCUCACAGGUUCAGAAGAUGGACUGGAGCGUUCUGGAGAAAAAGAUCAAGAACUGGUUAAACGCCGUCAAAGUCUCCGUUAAGACUCUGUUCUACGGAGAACGGCUACUCUGCGACCACGUCUUCGCCGCUUCGGACUCGAUCGCGGAGUCCUGCUUCAGCGAGAUUUCGAAAGAGGCUGCAAUGACCCUGUUUGGUUUCCCGGAAUCGGUGGGAAAAAGCAAGAAACUUUCUCCCGAGAAAAUGUUCCGUGUUUUGGACUUGUACCAGGCGGUAUCGGAUCUCUGGCCCGAGAUCGAGUCCAUUUUCUCAUUCGAAUCAACCUCCGCCGUCCGAUCUCUGGCGGUUAACUCCCUGGUGAAGUUGGGCGAGGCCGUUCGUUCGAUGCUCGAAAAAUUCGAAUCGGCGAUCCAGAAGGAAACGUCCAAGACCCCGGUCCCCGCCGGUGGAGCCCACCCACUCACGCGCUACGUCAUGAAUUAUAUAACUUUCCUCUCAGACUACACCGAAGUCCUCACCGAUAUAGUCGCCGACUGGCCGCUGGCGAUCUCGACACCGCUACCCGAAGCUUACUUCGGGUGCUACGAUGCCGAGGAAUCGCAGCUUUCUAUUCGCUUCGCCUGGCUCGUUCUCGUACUUCUCUGCAAGCUCGACGGGAAAGCUGCGCUGUACAAGGACGUGGCGCUAUCCUAUCUGUUCUUGGCCAACAAUCUCCAAUACGUCGUCGGAAAGGUCCGGAGCUCCAACCUCAAGUCCUUGCUCGGGGAUUACUGGGUGGAGAAGCACGACUCGAAAGUCAAACAGUACGCCGCGAACUACGAGCGCAUGGGGUGGACCAAGGUGUUCGAAUCCCUACCGGAAGAUCCGACAGCUGAGAUUUCAUCCGACCAAGCCACGGUCUACUUCAAGCGCUUCAAGGCGGCGUUUGAGGAGGCAUACAAGAAACAAACAUCGUGGGUCGUGAUGGACCCGAAACUCCGGGACGAGAUUAAAGUUUCGGUGGCGAAGAAGUUGGUGCCGGCUUACCGGGAGUUUUACGAGAAGCAUAGGAACGGGAUAAUGAGAGCGUGCGGGGAGGACUCGUUGGUCAGAUAUGCCCCGGAGAAUCUGGAUAAUUACUUGUCGGAUCUGUUGUACGGGGUGGCGAGUGGCGGUAGCGUUUCGUCAUUUUCCUCGUCCUAUUGCUCUUCCUCCUCGUCACACUCGCGUGGGAGGCUGGGUCGUUGAGAGACGUUGGGGUGUCGUUUUGUGGCCCGUGUGCCGUCGUUUAGUGACUAUAAUACAUAGGACGUGGACAAAAAACAUGUAAAGAUUUUUAAUACAUUAUACAAGAAUUCUUUGAUUUGUGAGA